GGAAUACGGCACGUCGUGCAGAGGGCUGAAUGAGAUGUGAUACUUGUUUUGUUGUUGUUAAAAGAGAAACUAUCCCAUCAGACUCCUUCACGCUAACUCCACAGCAGGCACGCGUCUUUGGUGUGCUGUCGCUUUCGCUUUCUGUUCUAAUAGCUCCUUAAGUUGAGAGUAAAGCUGCAGAUAGUGGUCGGAUUUUGCUCUCUCCGGUGAUCUUGUCCCAGGAAAAGCGAUGCUGGUCACCGUUUUCUGCGCGCCGAGGGAUCGCCCAGAAACCACCUUCGCCCUCGACGUGUCGCCCGAGCUGGAGCUGAGAGACUUUGUAGCACUUUGUGAGCUGGAAUCAGGAAUCCCAGCCGGGGAGAUUCAGAUAACUUAUGUAGAACAGCCCCUCAAAGACCCGACUCGUGCCUUGGGGACCUAUGGUGUUAAGGAUGGAGACGUGGUGGUUCUCCGGCAAGCUGACAGAAGACCACCUCCAACCCAGCCUGCCUUCCCAGGACUCCCCCAUAUUGACUUUCGUUCAAUCACAGUCCCGGGCACGUCUUCUGCAAGCAAUCAGCGCGGUGCGAUAAGACCGCAGGUGCAGCCGGCUCCUCCGCAGGCGCAGCCGGCGCAGCAGCCACCGCCACAGCGCGCUGCACAGCCUUCCACACCAAUGGCCUUCCGUGGCACUUCUCCUCAGGGGCUGGAUGACCCCGCCUUACUUCAGCAGAUGCUGCUAUCCAAUCCGCACGAGCUGUCACUCCUCAAAGAGAGGAACCCCCCGCUCGCCGAGGCCCUGCUGAGUGGAGACUUAGAGCGUUUCACCAAAGUGCUGCUGGAACAACAGCAGGAUCGUGCCAAAAGGGAGCAAGAGAGGAUCCGACUCCUGACUGCUGAUCCCUUUGAUCUGGAAGCUCAGGCUAAGAUUGAAGAGGACAUCAGGCAGCACAAUGUGGAAGAAAACAUGACCAUUGCGAUGGAGGAGGCCCCAGAAAGCUUUGGACAGGUGGUUAUGCUGUACAUUAACUGCAAAGUCAAUGGCCAUCCUGUGAAAGCUUUUGUUGACUCAGGGGCGCAGAUGACCAUCAUGAGCCAAGCGUGCGCAGAACGCUGUAACAUCAUGCGACUGGUGGACCGACGCUGGGCCGGGAUCGCCAAAGGAGUGGGAACCCAGAAGAUCAUCGGCAGAGUCCAUUUGGCUCAGGUUCAGAUAGAGGGAGACUUCCUGCCUUGUUCUUUCUCCAUCUUGGAGGACCAGCCAAUGGACAUGCUGCUUGGUCUGGAUAUGCUGAAGCGACAUCAGUGUUCAAUCGACCUGAAGAAGAGCGUGCUGCUAAUAGGCACCACGGGUACAGAGACCCGCUUCCUGUCUGAGGCGGAGCUGCCGGAGUGCGCCAGGCUGGCGUACGGAGCAGAAGGCCGCGAAGACGCCCGUCCAGACGAGAUCGCCGACAGAGAACUGGCAGAGGCUCUUCAGAGGUCCAUACAAGAAAGCGACACUGCAGAUGGACAAACUACCUCACCGCAGCCCCAACCAUUCACAUUACCCAGAUCCUUAGACCAAACGUCCUCUCCCGCCUGCCCGCCAUCCGGUCAACCCCAGAACCCCACCCUGGAUCGCUCUCAGUCCGCCCCGGCCGCCAUGGAGCGUCAGGCCCGUCCUGGCGUACAAGAACUCCCCGCUCCUCUGUCCCUGGCAAAGGAUGAAGCUCCCGCACCCCGUCCUCUGCCCCUCCAUGGCAGCUCCAAAGCUCCCCCGGUAGCCAGCUCCUCAACAGAUGUCCUCCAUACGUGUCCUCCUCCUGCAGACGUGGCUGCGAUGUCCCAGGAUCCUUCGGGUGAGGUGCAGCCUGGAGCCGCAGAGGAGGCUGCCGGGCCGGGCGAGGUGCCGAACAGCUCAGAGGAAGCGUCGCUCAUUCAGCCCAUGGAGCAGGAGGAAGCCGACUCCACGGCGGUCUGUGCGAGCGCUCCGGGUGAGCCGGGCUCGGUGGAGAUGGGGUCUCCCGGCGCCGGGUCCUCGGAGAGGGAGCAGCCCGACGGAGACCGCUGCUCCAGCUCCGACAGCAUCCCCUCGCUGGCCGCCGCUCUGAUGGAGCUGCACGAGCUGCUGGUGUCCAACAGCCGCGCUCAGUCCCAGAACCGCAGCAGCUCCUGCUCGCCCUCGCAGCCCUGCAGUCAGGACGCCGACCGGGCUUCCCCCGAGCCGUGCCCCCCCGCUCCCGACGGCGCCCAGCCCGCCCCCUCCACUGCCAUCACGGCUGCUGCGGAAGACAACGAUGCCAAAGCAAACCAUGCUGCUGCUGCGUGCGACGAGGAACCAUCCCAGUGCCCCGUCCCCGACGUCUCCGGCCAGGACGAGCUGCUGGGCGGGGAGAGCAUCGGACCCCCACGGUGUCCGGAUAGCUCCAUGGACACCCGGCCAGACGGCUGCGGGCACAGCGAGGCGGGAGACGUCGGCACGUCUCGGUCCGAGCCGGAGGCGGCGACCGGUCCUGCUGUGGAUCCGGAGUCCAGAGAGCCUCCCGAGGGCCAGCACAGCAGGGGGGUCGCAGACGGACAGGCGUCCGGCGGCAACACCGGGGACUCUCUCCAGACUGAGCGCACGUUCCUCGCCCCCCCGUCAGCGGCGGCGGGCUCGCGGGAAGACGUCUCAAGCACCUUGUCCUCCUCUCUUUCUCAGGCCCCCCAGCCCUCACCUCCGGCCGCCCCCCUCCCUCCUCCUCCUCCUCCUCCUCCGCGUCCCUUUAUCGAACAGUUUCCAGCCGAGCACAUCCAGAGGAUCCAGGCGGCGGGCUUCUCCGCCCGGGAGGCCGUGGAGGCGCUGGAACGGGCCCACGGGGUCGUGGAGCUGGCUCUGCUGGCUCUGCUAGCCCGCAGCAUCACUGUGCCGACUUAGACUCUCAACCAAUCAGCGGAGUCCUCCCAGCCUCCCCGACUCAGCAUCUGUCUUAUUUAUACCUUGUUACUGAUCCAGAGGUUUCAGCCCCUUUUCAGCAGGGAGCCUGUGAGAAGCCACAGGCCAACGCUGUCUCUUGGUUUUGUCGUACAGUAUAUCCAAAAACACACGGGACAACUGGCGAUACUUUUAUGGCUAGAACAGAUACGUGAGGUUGUGUUUGCAUGCAGAUGUUUUGGGUGCCCACCUGUUUCAUUGGUUUUUAACCAGCAUAGAUUGAUUUUAUUAUUGUUUUGUUGUCAAAAAUUGACAUGUUAUUGAAUGACCAUUAUAUGAUUGACUCUUAAACCAACAAAUACUAUAUUGUCCCCAUUGGAUGAGUCAUAAUACUAUUGUAUAAUAGUUUAUUUGUCCAUCACCCAUAAAACAAUCACAGCAGAGUAGCGUGACGCCUACUCACCAUCCAGAGAACUGGCAGGUCUGUGAUUAAUCAGCACAAAUAUGGACAUUUGAAGCAAUUCAAAUUGAGUAUUACGCAGAGUUUUCUGAUUAUAGUCCCUAGUGUUUUGAAAUCCGAGGCCAAUAAUGAUGAGUCUGUCGUGUGGGAACUGCUGCAGUCGAGAGGAUUUGAUCGAGUUUACAUAUAAUCUCCACUAUAGAGUGGAAACCCCCAAAUUCAGUCUGUCUUACUCUGGAAACAUGAAGCCUGUCAGCUGAAGUAUGAUUAUUGACUUGGUUGGUCUGGAACAGGAGCUAUCUCGUACUGUACGUCCCUUUCUUCUCAGUUUUCAAGCUUUGUCAUGUGUUGAUUACAAAUCUGUUUGUAGCUCAUGUCGGAGGAAAAAGUUCAUUUAUUUUGUGUCAAAUCAUCCUGGUGUGGUUCGUACUCAAACGUUUUUCAUUUCGUAAUCUGUUGGGAUGUGGCCGCUCACGGACACGUUCAGAUGUUUUGUCAGUACAUCAGAUUUCAAGGAUUUUAAUGGCUUUAUUUGAGUCAUAUAUCAACAAUGUUAAGGCAGAAUGAAUUAUUUACUUUUAUCUUGUAUUGAAUUUUAAAUUGCAAAUAAAAAGAAACUAGUAUUUGUA